AUGAAAAAUAAGCAUUGUAAGGAUGAUAUAAAAAAUAUAAAAGUUAACAACAAUAUUGGAAACAACUUAAAUGAUAUAAGCAAAAACAAAAGAGAACAGAAACAUUACGAUCGUACAAUCGUGUUUACGGGAAGCACUUCAUGGAAGGAUCCAUUUAGAAGUAUUAACAAACUAUCACAACCAGCAGGGGACCUCUCAAAACAGCCCGAAGGCCAGUUAAAAGAUGCGAGUAGGACCCUAUGCAAAAAAAUUUGUACAAACUUCAAUACUGCAAGAGCUCUGAUUGCUCAUGAGCAAAAAGUAAAAGUAAAAGCCACUGCUGAAUAUACAAUUUGCUUCUGCGUAACAUGCGAAAAGACAUUUGAAUCAGACGAUGCGCUGACUUGGAAUGUUUGGAAGGGAACACAUUCAAUUAGCAUUGGAUUUAUUGGCUACAAUGCCGCCAUCACAAAACAGUUCUCAACUAUGGGUAGACUUCAUGAAGUGUCAUCCCAAUGGAUGGAAAAUACCGGAAUUGAUGGAUUGUCGAUGAAAUUUAAAAGAGUUGUUCUGAUUGAAUUAGAGCUGUUGAAAAGAUGUGAAGAAGAAGUCGGCAUACUCAAAAAAGAAAUGUCUAGCUACUUGCUUCCUUUUUGCUGCUUGAAGAAACUCUUUACGUUAAGAUUUCAAUCAAGAACUACGAUAUUUUCGAUUCUCACUUUUACCACACGCUUGUCCUAUUCGUACGGAGAUUAGAAGACAAUGUGAAAGUGCGCGAAAAAACUAUAAAAACCCAAUUAAAAUUAAUGUGACGUGACGGGUCUCCAUCUCCGAGACGGAUCUUCAUCGUUUAUGUUCAAAACAGUUUUCUUCUUCUCCUCCUCACUCACUCCACGCAGCAUGUUCUAUUGUUUGUAAUCAAUUUAUAUUAUCAACUUGUGUCAAGUCAUUAAAAUAUGUUUCUGAACUAUAAAGGGAAUAAAGAAAUUGAGUUUGUUCCAAAGUCUUUUAGCCCGCAUUCAUUUCAUUCUACUUCAAUCAAAACUAUUAGCUGUAUACUAUUUCAACUAUUUGUAGAAUAUAUUUUUUUAACAAGUA